UUCAAAAAUGUUUCUGCUUAUGCAAAUAAUCUUUUUCCUUCUAUCCUUAAUCUCUCAUGAACAUGAAGCCAUAGCCGCGUUUGUGCCACCUUAUUCCUCUGUCGUGGUACCCGUAAACAAACAUAUCGAUGCUGUUAAGCCGCUCUACAGCGUCCAGAUCAUGACAGCAUUCGUAAACCAGCAAUACAUGCACGCAAACUUCCUUAUCGACCUUGAUGCCCCAUUCAUAUGGCACGAAUGCAUACUGCAGUGGAACACGUUUCCAGGUAGUUGUCCUAACGACACGCUUUGCACCUAUCCGGCAUCAUGCGAGGAAUAUCAAUGCACAGAAGUCCGAACUACUUACUCGUACCAGAACCCUUCCUGCUCUCCAGUAACCAAUGAUUCAACCAUCCCUGAUUGGGGAUACUGUACAUGCCCGGUCAAUGUGGUCAACCCCAUUACCGGGUCGUGCAGCCAAGCCCUGCUCAACUAUGAUGAACUCACCGUGAACACAAGCAACGGUAGAAAUGUUUUUACUGGUUUAUAUGGUGCUUAUCCUAAUGCCGCGUGUGCUCCUUCCUCCUCAUUUCAAUCAUUCCCCGCAAAUGUGACCGGUGUCAUGGCACUUUCCUCUUCUCCUUACGCGUUACCAGCUUAUUUAUACGACCCACUUAAACGAAUAAUCGCUUUAUGUUUGCCUAGUAACUUGUCUGCUCCUGGGAUUAUGUUAUAUGGAACUGGUCCUUAUAACCUUCUUCCCCACUCAAAUGUUGAUAUAAGGAGUUUACUUUCGCAUACUCCAUUGAUAAAGCUUCCGGAUUCUUUCGGAUACUUUAUCAAUGUGAAUUCCAUUGUGAUUAAAACAAGAUCUAUUGCCAUUCCCAUGAAUACCACUGCCAAGAUCAGUACUAUUGAACCAUUCACCACUCUUCGAACCGACAUCUAUAAUGGUGUGGUUCGGAGGUUUUUUAAGGUUACACAACGAAUCCCGCCAGCAAACGCAGUGGCACCUUUUGGCCUUUGUUUCAACACCUCCACCAAUGGUACCCAAGUUAGUAUAAAGGUUCCAGACAUUGAUUUCAUGCUGCAGGAUGGAAAGAAGUGGGCUAUAUCUACAACUAACUCCAUUAAGCAAAUAACAAAAGAUGUGGCUUGUCUAGCUUUUGUUGACAGUGGUGCAACAAGUGAACCUGCGAUCGUGAUCGGGACAUUUCAAUUUGAAGAUAACUUUGUGGUGUUUGAUUUAGAGAAUUCGACUUUUGGGUUCAGUUCUUCGUUGUUACGCAAGCAGACUUCUUGUUCAAAUUUCAACUUUACUCUUACCGACGGCCCUUAAAUACUUGUAAAAGGUCAUACCAAAGUUCAAAUGGAUAUAUUCCUCAAUGGUUUGCUUUCACAAUAAUAAUCCCCUGCUCAUUGUUUGCCAAGUUGACCUGGUCCAUCUUAUUUCCAUGAAUGUAAAUUCAACAUAUUAAUGAUCCGUUGUUGUUCCUUUA